GCACUGCAGGCAAACAGCUGAUUUCGUCGCGAAAAAAAAAUUCUUUUAUUUUUGUAUUCAAAAUAAUUUUUGAUAUUAACUAAAAAUAUAUAUAAUUUAUGGCUCCGCAGCCUGUGGUUACGGGCUUAUCGCCCAAGGAGGGACCACCUGGAACAAGAGUCACAAUUCGUGGUGAAUUUUUAGGAACUAGAGCACAAGAUUUAAUUGGCUUAAAGAUUUGCGGUUCUGAUUGUUUACUAUCCGCCGAAUGGAAGUCAGAUAAAAAAAUUAUAGCACGCACUGGUCCAGCUAAGGGUAAAGGUGACAUCAUAGUUACAACUUUGAGCGGGGGAGUGGGCACAUCAACAGUUCAAUUUCGUGCGUACCAUGAGACGAUCGGCCCUUUAAAGGAGUCCGCAGUAUGGAUAGAGGAGUCGCCUUCACAGAAUUUUGCAUGGGGACGCAGGACUUUGACACAAUCUGGUCUGACCCAGGAGGAUCCUUUGGGUUUGUCCAUUGAGGGCAAUGAGCAAAAGAUACCAGAAGAUUUGCGAGAUUUAUUCCCCGAUGCAUGCGGCGACUUGGCCCAGGAACACUUUUCACCAGCCUGGUUUUUGUUGGAAAAUCAUUUGGCUACCUCCUUUGAGGAUUUAAAGGCCGGCUUGGCCUAUCUUAAAAGGAAAGUGGAGAGUCAGAAGGAAGGUCAAUUGUCGUUUCUGAAAUCUAAUGCAGGAUCUGUGAUCGAUCAGUUAGAUACACUGAUGAACAUUAGGGAUAAGUUACAGGAAGAUAUCCAGUUGCAUGGAAAUGAACCGCUUAAUGUUCUGGAGGAGUCUAUUGAAAAUUCCAUUAGCGAGUCGCAAAAGAUAUUUACGGAUGUGCUUGUGCGCAAGGAAAAGGCGGAUUCCACUCGAUCGGUUCUGUUUGCCUUGUCCCGGCAUAAGUUUCUGUUCUGUCUGCCAAACUCGGUGGAUCGACGUGCCAAGGCAGGCGAAUAUGAUAUUGUGGUCAACGAUUAUUCGAGGGCCAAAAAUCUCUUUGGCAAAACAGAGAUUCCCAUAUUCCGUCGAGUCUUGGAAGAGGUCGAUCAACGUAUUCUGUCCAUACGUAGGCAAUUACACGAAAAGGUCGUAAAGAUGCCGCAAAGUGUGGAGCAGCAAAAAAAAUUGAUCAAGGCUUUGACUAGCUUGGAGCUGCAACAAUCGGGAACGCCAAUUGGCGAUAGAUUGAGGAACACGGAUCCUGCCUGGGAUGCUAUUGAGGCCAGAGCCAAGUAUUUGGAGUCAACUUUUCGUCAGACUUUUGAUCAGCAUGCCAACAAAGAUGCAGCUGGAACCCAGGAGAAACCAAAAGCUCGUGAUCCCAGUCACACGCCAGCUCGUGUGAAUUUCUGCGAGGAGAUUUGCGAUAUAGCAGCGUCUCAGUUGCCGGAUCUUUGGCGUCUGGGUCAGCUUUAUUUUACUGGCGAACUGCGGGGGCCCCAUGAUCCGAAACCUGGAGAUUUCAAGCGAAUGAUUCUUAAUGCAAUUGAGAAAUUCUGUGUCUACUUAAGGUUGGCCAUACUGAUAGCCGGUGAUCAGCGUGCUUUGCGUCAGUCUAGUGGUUUAGCCUGGCCCAUAGGCUCCGCCUCGUCCACACAUCAAUUUCUGCCGUGGAUUCCCCAAUGCCUUCGCUAUACACGAAUUGCCUAUGCCACUUUAAUCACCUUGGAUUUGCCGUCUGAGGCUUUGGACAUUAUACAGAAACUGAUCGAUGAAGUGCGUCUAUUUAGUUUCUCUAUAAUUUUCAAACGGGCCACAGAUCGUUGCAAGAAAUUGGGUCCACAAGAGUCCUGGGAAUUGGGCGUUGAAGAUUAUCCAGGAGCCACCCUCUUGCCAUCGGCUGUCGAGUCUCUACUGUUGGAAACAUUGGAGGAAGUUAACUCGGUGUGCAUGCAACCAGAAGUAAGAGAGGGUAAUCUUCUCGAGCCACAGUCAGAUGGCCAGCGUGAGGUUUCGCAACGACUACAAGAGUUUCUGUCAGCCUUUAGUGGGGUCAUUGAAGAGCUGGCCUUUCAUUCCCAUGACGAAGAGACGCCUACCCACAAUGUGUCCCAGUUGCUAGGCUUUCCCAAUGCCCAACAACCGGAUUCGGUGGCCCACAGUGGAGGAGCCGCUGUCACUUGGGAGCAGCGUAUGCUCUGUUGUCUGGCCAACUAUGCUUACUGCAAUAAAAGUUUCUUUCCUCAUAUAGGCGAUAUUUUCGUACGAUUUGGUUAUCCAUUGCCAACUUUGGCCAUCGAAACUUCCCGCUAUACGGUUAAUCAAUUGUUCACCAAUCUGCUUGAGGAAUAUGUAGAGCAUAAGGGUGACCCACUGGUGGGCACUAUUGAGCCCUCUAUGUAUCUGGGUCCCUUUCAAUGGGACCAUGAAAUGGAAAUUGGCCAACUCAGACCUUAUGCCCAUGAAUGUUGUGACAAUUUGAUUGGUGUCUAUUCGGAGAUCUACAGCAUUUCACCGGCCCUGCUACGUCCGAUUUUGGAGUCUAUUGUUCAGACCAUAUCCGAGGAAUUGGCCCGUCUGAUGAGCUGUGUGCAGAGAUUCAGCUAUACGGGUGCAAUACAAGCUCAUGUGGAUAUUCGUUUGCUUAGGGAUGCCCUUGAAUGUUACUCCAAUGAAACGGCCAAAAACUAUUUCCUUGAGGCUCUGGAGGCCAUUAAUCCGCCCCUGAAUGGCGAGCAAAAGCGCAAGGCCGAUGAGAUUUUGGAACGUGUGAAACGCAAUAUGCGGCUGCAGUUGCUCUGCUUUAGUGUUAAAGAGCCCUAAAAUAUCAUUCCAAGCAUGCAAAAACACAAUAUUCAGUUGAAGAAUUUUAAAUUCUUCAACUUGCAAACUAAAAGUAUAGAAUUUAUUAUUUAAAAAUACUAAAAACAUUUAUUUUAUUCUUUUUUAAUAAAUUUGCAAACCCAAAACCAUUUAUUUAAGGGGUUUUAGAAAA